UGGUGGAGAUCUGUUUCCGCCGGAAGUCCCGUGCUCGGAGAGACACAGUCGCUUCCUGUGCAGGGUUCAUGCCUCUGUUGUUGUGUUUGUUCUCCUCCAGACUUGUGUUCGUGUCUCGGUCAUGCUCGACUCUCUCCGCUGACCGUCUCCGAUGUGUGUGGGAUGGAGUCUCCAGCGGUGGAUGAUGACAUCUGUAUCCUGAAGCAUGAGACGGCGUACGUGUCGCCUGAGGACGAUUGUCCCGGUGUCCGUGUGUCCGUGUGUCCCGGGGACGAGUCGGUGGCGUCUCACUUCGCUCUGGUCACCGCCUACGAGGACAUCAAGAAGAGACUCCGAGACACGGAGAAGGAGAACGGCCUGCUGCGCCGCAGAGUCAAGCAGCUGGAGGACAAGCAUUUCCGUCCUGAAGCUCCUCCGUCUGAAGGACCGCAGUACAUGAACAAAGCCUUCAGUGCGUACCGCGGUAUCUACAUCGAGAAGGAGGACUUACAGAUGGAGCUCAAUAAAGUGAAAAAGGAGAAGCUGGAUUCGGAGAGGCUUCUGAUGGAGCAGCUGCAGGCCAAAGAGAUGGAGCUUCUGCAGCUCAGAUCAGAGAUGGAGACCAGCCAAGUGAUGAAGAGUCUGACCGACACAGAUUACUGGCAGGUGGACAAACGCAGCAGUGAAAUGAAGAUCCACUCGCUGCAGGAGCAUCUGGAACGCUUACAGUUAGAGAAUGACGCGCUGCACAAGCUCUGCAGGGCCGGACAGGAUGUCUCUGAAAACUGUGUAGUUGAUGAUGAUCAUUCUCUUGAAGCUCUGAUAGACUUCAGGAAGAGGGCCAUGGUUCAGUCGUAUCAGGACGUCGUCAGUGAAGCGUCUCGUCUGCAGUCAGUCGUUCAGUCGCAGUCGGAGCUGGUGAGGAGGAUGAGAGAGAGACCAGCGCCGCCCGUCUUCAGAAGAGGUGAGACCUGCCACAGAAUAAAAGAAAUAUAUACUAUUAUAUAA